GCAGCCAAUGCGCUGCACGCAACAAAGCAUACCACACGCGUUGUCGCCCGUACUUCAUGCUGCUGCGUGGUGUUCACGGACGGUUGUGCAAACCUCUAGCACAUGCCCGAGCUUUGGGGGUGGUUCGGCUAGGCCCGAACUUGGAAGCAUGUGCGUUUGGCACGGACACAAGGCAGCAAGAACCCAAGAGGCGUACGGUGGUAGCAGAGGCCGGGCAUCUCAUGAAGUUGUACUCCCAGUUGUCCAAGCACCGUUUGAGCGCGUUGGUUAUGUCGACAACGUCUGCCGGUUACCUGGCGGCUGGAGGACCGGUCGAUGCCCUUGCGCUCACGAGUGCUUGUGUCGGCACGAUGCUCGCGUCGAGCUCGGCUAACACGUUUAACCAAGUUAUCGAGACUGCGAAUGAUGCCCGAAUGCAUCGGACACGGGCCCGUCCGCUCCCUUCCGGGAGGAUUUCGCGCCAGCACGCGCUAGGGUGGGGAGUAGCGUCAGGUACUGCUGGUAUCUCUGUUCUCGCGGCGGGCUCCAACCCACUUACGGCUACCCUUGGUGCAGCCAACCUGCUCUUGUAUGUCGGGCCGUACACGCUGUCGAAGACGAGGUCGGAGAUCAACACAUGGGUAGGCUCGGUUGUUGGCGCCGUGCCACCUUUGAUGGGGUGGGCAGCCGCCACAGGCGAAUUGGUCGCCGUGGAGCCGCUGUUGUUGGCCACAUACCUUUUCAUGUGGCAAUUUCCGCACUUCUUUUCUCUUGCCUGGCUUCACCGUGAGGACUACGCCAGAGGGGGCUUCGCGAUGGUCCCAUGCGCCGAUCCAACAGGGAGUAGAACAGCGAGCCUCGUUACACGGUACUCCUGGUACCUCGUGCCCAUUCCGUUAGCAGCAGCCGCUCUGGAUGCUACGAGCUGGAUGUUCGCGGUAGAGGGCACAGCUUUCAAUGCGUACCUCCUCUACCACGCUUACCGAUUUGAUAAGGACAAAUCCAAUGCAAACGCCAGAGGAGUGUUCAAGGCGUCGCUGUGGCAUCUACCAGCUGUCCUGGCAUUGUUCGUGUUUCACUCGCGUCGGUGGGAGCUGGAGGACAAAGCGGAGGACGAGCAGCUAUCCACACUCAUCCCAAGAAUAAGGGCGCGCCUCACGAAACUAUGCCUGCACGAAAUCGUGCAAAAGGAUGAGGCAGCGUCAUUUUGCCCAGUGGUAGUCGUAGAAGCAGCCGGGACGGAGGCUCAGAACAUCGCGACGGCGGCAGCUCACAAGGAGGAGAGUCUGCUGGCACGGAGUGAUACAGGUAGUUAGGUAGGAAGCCCAGGCAUAUCAAGGAUAGAACGCUUUCGCGAUUGUGAUGUUGCUUUCCCCCAAUAGCGAGCAGUUAGGACCCCGAAAUCACUACACGCUUCCGGGGUAGCUGCUGUAGCACGACGUGUUGGAACCACGUGUGUUCAACAUCUACUCAGCGCACCGGCAUAAAAACGCGUAGCUUCAUAGCCAACAACGGAUGCCGCGCACGCUGUGCGUAAAAUACUCCCAUCUACACCGUACGCCGCACAGCAGUGAACGGCCGCGCGCAAUUAGCCGUGAUUUUGGUUGAUGAGCCCGUCCACCUCAUUUCCUAUAAAGAACGCCAGCGCAGCGCACGAUCCUCCUAGGACGAGCAUUUCUGUGCCGGAGAUGCACCAGUGACGGGUGCCGAAUUGACUCUUGACAUGCGUCGGAACAGCGGGGGUCGCAGGAUGUUUGGUCAUGGUUAGUGAAGCGUUUGUGCGUACUCAAAAUUCGAUGGCAUGGUCGUCGUGAGUGAAAGGGACGGCUGAACACUUAGGAGCAAGUGAAGGCAAGCACCGCAGAAUGAAGGCGGAGAAAAUAGAAAACUUUUGAGAGAUGUUCCUCCUGUGACUUCCGGUAUUGAGUUGGUUUCAUGCACGCGCUGCGUGAUGCCCGGCUGCAACGCGAUUUGUGUCUCCCACCGAUUGCCGCACAAGAUCGAAUGGUCACCGUGUAUGCGAAUACGACCAAACACGCAACACGACUCUCUUCUGUUGAGUUUCCUCUUAGACCUGAUCGGGAUCGGGCGAUCCCUAGCAAAACACAUGUGUUGCUGUCCCGUGUAGACUUGCGUCUUCGAUCCGUCAGCCGGGUUAGGGAAAUC